GGUAAGGGCUCGUUGUGGUCCAUAGACCCGGAGUACCGGCACAACCUGAUCCAGGCCCUGAAGAAGACCCCCUACCACCCCUACUCACCUGGCCUGGCAACGCCCUCCACCUCACCGCCCACCCUGACGCAGACAUACCAGCCCAGUCCUCCGUUGUGGUCGGGGAGUCCCCUCUUCAGAAAGAAUGGAGGAGUUCUCUUACAAGCUCCCCGAAGUGUGAUCCAGAAUGGUGCCCGUGUGAGGAACCAGGGGUUGUUUCCCGUAAUACGACCCCUGCCCGUGAGCCCUGUCGGCAGCAGAACCACCACCAUAAGGUCGGUGCUGGGCGACUACACGGCCCGCGCCGAGGACAGCCAGUCGGGUGACGAGGACGCCCAGGACGACCACACCUACAGCACGGCCAAGUCCCCCAGCCGCUCCUGCUCCUCCUCGCAGGACGAGGGCGAGGGCGAGGCCUCCUCGCACUGCUCCCCGCUGGACGAGGACUUCAACGACGACGACAUCAUCGCCGUGGAGAUCGGCGCCGAGGAGGUGAAACCCGAGCCGCGGGAGAUCCCGCUGGACCUGCACGUCGCCGCGACGGCCGCCACCUUCCUCACCCAGCAGCCCCUGCGGGCGCAGAGACGCGGUUCGGGGGCGGGCGCCGGGGCGGGGGCGACGGCGGGCUCGACGGCGGGGGGCAGCCUGCCCUGGACUAAGAACCGGCUGCGGGGGGUGGGCGACACGCUGCCGCUGAAGAAGCGGCGGGCGGCCACGGCGGCGGCCAUGGUGGCGGCCAUGCCCGUGGAGAGCGACGACGAGGAGAUGAAGGAGGCGGCGGGGUCGCUGCUGCACCUGGCGGGCGUGCGCGCCUGCCUCAACAACAUCACGAACCGCACUGCCAAGGGCCAGAAGGAGCAGAAGGAGACACUGAGGAACUAAGAGGAGAAGGAGGAGGAGGAGGAGGCGCACAGACAUGGAGAAACACGCCUAUUUUAGAAGUACAUUACGUUGGGUCAAUCCGGCACACACACACACUCGCACACACAGACUGAGACACACACACACACACACACACACAAACACACACACACACACAAGGUUACACGUGCACGGGCGCGGGCCUACAGGUGGUGUGGCUAAAGCAUUAGUCUGGACGGACGUUUCUCAUCUCCCUCUCUAACUAUCUGCAGGGCAUUAGGUGAAUCCUACUUAUUUGUGGCAAUAUGAAAAAUCUCUGUUUUCCUACAUGUUCAGCAACACUAACAUUAACGAUCGUGCGUCUCAUCACAUCUUUGUUGUUUUUGUUGUUUAAAAAGGAGAUGAAAGCCAUAAACAAAAUAUGUCUUGUCACAACAUUUUUGGGAGGGUAGGGGAGGUCUGAGUGGGACAUCAAGAUGGAUUCUCGUCGCGGUGCGUAUAUGUUUAUAUACGUCGAGAAAGACGGUCGUUUUCGUCAUGUGUCGUUCGUUCCUGCGUGUAAACCUGUAGCAAUCGGUGAUGCUAGCAAAGAGGCUCAGCCAAUGAGACAAAUGUAUUAAAUUAAGAGAAUAUAUAUAUAUACAUAGAUAUAGAUAUAUAUUACAAUAUAAACACAGAACAGUCCUUGGCUGGUCACUAGCAUCACUCUUUCCGAUCCAAGAGCACAAAUGUGAGAAUGUGCCAAAGAAUAAGUGACCAGGUUGCUUCAUGUAGCCGAUAGGAGAGCUAAGAAAAUAAAAAAAGAGGGGGAAAAAACACAAGACUUAACCGAGAGUCCGUGAGAUAGAGCAACACGAAUGAAGUUACUUGUCCGAAUAAUUGUGAAAACCCGAUGUGAUAUAUCCAUGCACUUCACGUUAUUUUACGUCCCUUACCUAAAGAAAACACGAAAAACAAACAACAACAACAACAAUGGUGAAGACAUGGUUUUUAUUUCAAGAGCACUCAUAGUAUUUAAAAUAGUUAUAUUAUAGAAAAUAUAAAAAUGAAGAAAAAAAAAUAGAUGCUGACAUAGUCAUGUUUAUCAUUAUAAAGAUGGAUAAGGUGCCGGGUAAGAGCCAAUUACUCCAUCGUCAUCUUCUGGGUGUUGUUCAUAUACAUGACAUCCCGAGAACUUCCUUCCUCAUCCCACUCUCCCCGCCUCAUAGACUGUAGACAUCUAGCGACCCGGCGGUCCGCACCAUCCCCGUCCAUCCGUUGUCCAUGUUGUCCGCUGCUCUUGAUAUACUACAUCCAAAUGUGAGUUUAGAUUUGUGUUUUGCAUAAGUUUACCUUCCCCUCACCUCCCGCCCCCCCCCCCCCCCCCCAACACUUUACUCUACGCUCAUCAAGAUAUAAGCAAUUUGUUCCCCAGGUGGACGACUUUGUAAAAAGGUUAGAAAAUAUUUUAUUUUUUUCCUUUCUUAAUUGAAGCAAUUUGACCUGCAGGACUUUCUCAGUUACAUUGCAUGGGUGCUUGUAAAUAAGAUGAAACAGCAAAUGUUUUUUAUUCAAAGAUCAUGUAAGAUAAACAAUGUAUUUAGCAUGAAGCAUGACUUAUUUUCAUAUAAACCUUAAUCCUAGAGGAAAGUUUAAAAAAAAUGUUUUGCCGCCAAUUGUCAUAUCCUUAAUUAUGUUUUAAGUUUAAUUCAGAUUUUUUGUUGAGUCUUUUUAUUAAUGUGUAUUUUAUGAAUGGGCUUACAAAGACACAUUUUCAGGGAGGGGGUGCUUGUGUAGACCGUUGUGAAAUGGAGAGCCCGGCCGUUCCAGGGCUUUACUCAUUUCUCGUUGCUAAGGCCACUUCUUGUUGCCAUGGCCAGGCCAUCCCAGUCACCUCCUGGACAUUGGCUCAGACUUCUUACGUCUGAACAGCGAUAGUGUUUCAGUGUCGAUUCCUGCAUUACUUCAAAAAAAUAUGGUCUUGGUCUAGUGUACGUGUGAGUUAGCCUGUCCCCAAACACAUGCCCUUUAAAGUGUAAGCUUGUUCGCUUUUGAACUUGUGUAUGUAAAUAGACUAUUGCAUACCUUUAAUACUAGCAUCCAUAGAAGAUUGGUAUUUUGGUAUUUUGGUGUGGGAACGAACUGAAUAUGGUUACGUGAUCAUAAAUCAUCAGUUCCUCAAUGAGUGAGGAAUUACAAAACGGAACCCCAAAAAUAAACUAGUACGUUGCAAAGUGCCUAAAUUGAGUUUGGUUUGGUUUAAAGCCUGAUAUCCGACACUUCCACAACUUGUUGAAUUACAUUGAAUAGUAACAUUGCAGAAUAAUUUGAGCUUCCCUUUUAUAGAGUGCACAAUGUUCCACAAUGCAACAGGGCCUUAAACCAGGGUUAAAGCUGGGUGUUUUUGGGGGAGCGUUGACCUGUUUUAUAAGAGUUGGCACGCUUAUGGUCAUCCGUUUACUAACACAACACAAACAAAAGGUUAGUAUCAAAAUACUAACGCUGUCAACUAACGAUAAUUGUACAACUAUUGGCAAUGCACAGUGAAGGUCUCCGCCUGGGUAGUAUUACAGGAAUGCAAUAGUGUUAUUUAUGUAGAGUUUAACAUGAGCAAAUGUAACUUUUUAACAUUGUGCCUGCUUGCCUGCCCGUCCUAAAUACCUCUGUUGUCACGUUGCCGAAAUGUCGCCGACAUUUCUUGUCUUUUAUUUAUAACAGUAUUGUCGUCGUGGUUGUCAUCAUUUUAUUUUCCUACUUUAUGUAAAAUGUACAAUUGUCUUUAAUUUACUGCCAGCUUCAUUCAGUGUCAAUGUAUGAAACUUUUGACGUAGGAGACAAACUCUCCGCUGUCUCCUGGGAGAAAAAAAAGGCUUCCGGAAAGAAAGAAAAAAAAAUUUUAACGGAAAGAAGAGCAAAAAGGAAAGAUGAGAGAAACGACUUUUAUGAAAAAGAUAGGUUUUAUGUCUUAUUGAUGCCUGAAUUUUUUUAACGGAUAUGAUUUCCUGUGUGGCCGUUUAAAACAUUUACAACACAAUGUACUGCACACCAUCGGCUCGCCAUGUCCAGUGGCUCUGUUAAAGGUCACAUGGUUCACUCGAUUUUUAUGUGUCGUAGCUCUAGUAAUUGAAAACGCACUACGUUUAAAAUGCAGAGGAGCUGUAGUUAGACCCCCGCUGUCAAAAUGGAUACGUUUCAACCCCCCCUGUGCCGGUAGUAUAACGACUAUGAAUAAACCCAUAAAAACGUCCCCCUCUUUUCAGAAGACCACUUACAGAACAAACGCAGUGGCCAUGGAUAAAGAAGUGAUAUUGUGGUGAAACGACCUUGAUGCCCGAGUGGGGAAAGAAACUGAACCUGUUCUGAGCAGAGCAGAUGCUAUAGGGACGCAGAUGCAGACCUCCUACCCCCCUGCAUGCCCUGUCCCAGUUGCUACAGUCCUCCUCUGCCACUACCACCCCGACCCCUGCAUGUCCUGUCCCAACUUGGUACAGUCCUUUACCAUCUGUAACAUGCGUCACUUGCUAUCCAAGGGACCCACAACAACUAAGGUGUCUGGAGGAGGCCGACGCUGUCAGUGUCCCAUGUUGAAUGGCUUCCCUCCUCUGUCUAGUGUCUCUCUGAGUACACACGCCCCCCGCCCCCUGCAUCCCAGGUCAAGCAAGCAGCCAUUGUGUGUUUUCCGCCGACCAUGCACUGUUUAGUGGUGACUAAUACUGUCUUGUCAUGUGCUGGCAAGGGGCAUGUCUGUGUGUGUGUGUGAGUGAGUGAGUGAGUGUGUGUGUGGGUGUGUGUGUUGCUUUUAGCCAGUAGCGUUGCAAUGCCCCUCUAUGUUCUCAGCCCACAAGUGAACCCGAUCCAUAACUGUCUGUUGGAUAAACAGAUCAACAUAAAGAAAGGGGGAAAUAGAAAACCAGAGAGAGAGAGAAUAAUCCACGUCCCUGCCUGAAAGCCACUCAGUGAUUACUUUAUUUUAAAACCUGCCAAUCACAUAGUGCAGCAUUCUACAAAUCGGUUGCCAACUGUUUCUUUGUUAUUUUAUUAUUUUUGCAUUUUCCUUUUUUUCCCCGCGUUUUGUUCUCAAUCUACAAUACUGCCAUUAUUUUCUUUUUUCAGAGACAACGUAAGAUGGGUACUGAAAGCCAUAGGUUAGAGAUGUCAAAACACAACACUAUCAUUGGUCCUUGACGAAGUGCGGCAUGAGUGCUCCCAAACGUCAAGUUUUUCUCUCAGUAAAUGUUGGAUUCUAUCCUUUUUGUGCAAUCACAUUGCCAAAGAACGAUUUAAAACAAUGUCAUCUAUGUAAAUAUCAACAUUGUCCAAAAAACCGUGGCAAAAAAUGAAUAAAUGUGGGUUUUGUUUUCUUUUGUUUUUUCAUUUUUCUGAAAAAAACUACAAUGAUGUUCAUGUGAUGUAUUGUCUUCCAGUUGGUUGCAAUAAUAAAAAAAUAUAUAAGUUGUAAAA